AUGGCCUUACUGUUUGAGUUUUCUGCUCCUCGGAGUUCUUCAGAUGUGGACUUCAUUGUUCCUGAUGUGAUCCCUCAAGAGGUUCAUGUGGCUGUAGAUGCACGUCAGCAGCUCGGGAGUACCCCACACCAACAACCCUCACACCACACCCUCAGACCCCACAACCAACAACCCUCACAGCCACACCCUCAGAACCCACACCAACAACCCCCACACCAACAACCUCACACCAACAACCCUCACACCAACACCCGCAGACCCCACAACCAACAACCCCACACCAACAACCCCUCACACCAACAACCCCCACACCAACACCCUCACACCAACACCCUCAGACCCCACACCAACAACCCCACACCAACAACCCCCACACCAACACCCUCACAACCCAACAACCCCCACACACCAACAACCCGCAGCACCAACACCCUCAGACCCCACACCAACAAACCCCACACCAACCCCACACCAACACCCUCACACCAACACCCUCAGACCCCACACCAACAACCCCCACACCAACAACCCUCACACCAACAACCCUCACACCAACACCCUCAGACCCCACACCAACAACCUCCCACACAACACCCUCACACCAACACCCUCAGACCCCACACCAACAACCCCCACACCAACAACCCCACACCAACAACCCUCACACCAACAACCCCCACACCAACAACCCUCACCCAACACCCUCAGACCCCACACCACAACCCCCACACCAACAACCUCAGACCCCACACCCAACAACCCGCACACCAACACCCUCAGACCCCACACCAACAACCCCCACCAACCAACAACCCCCACACCAACAACCCCCACACCAACAACCCUCACACCCACAACCCCCACACCAACAACCCCCACACCAACACCCUCAGACCCCACACCAACAACCCUCACACCAACACCCUCAGACCCCACACAACAAUCCUCACACCAAACACCCUCAGACCCCACACCAACAACCCCCACACCAACAACCCGCACACCAAAAACCCCCACACCAACACCCUCACACCAACACCCUCAGACCCCACACCAAAACCCCCACACCAACACACCACACCAACAACCCACCACCAACAACCCUCACACCAACACCCUGCAGACCCCACACCAACAACACCCACACCAACACCCGCAGACCCCACACCAACAACCCUCACACCAACACCCUCAGACCCCACACCAACAACCCUCACACCAACAACCCCCCACACAACAACCCCCACACCAACACCCUCAGACCCCACACCAACAACCCUCACACCAACACCCUCAGACCCCACAACAAACAACCCUCACACCCAACACCCUCAGACCCCACCACCAACAACCCUCACACCAACACCCUCAGACCCCACACCAACAACCCCCCACACCAACAACCCCCACACCAACAACCCUCACACCAACACCCUCAGACCCCACACCAACAACCCCCACACCAACACCCUCAGACCCCACACCAACACCCUCACACCAACACCAACAACCCCCACACCAACAACCCUCACACCAACAACCCUCACACCAACCACCCUCACACCCCACACCAACAACCCUCACACCAAGACCCUCACACCAACACCCUCAGACCCCACACCAACAACCCUCACACCAAGACCCUCAGACCCUACACCAACAACCCUCACACCAACACCCUCAGACCCCACACCAACAACCCUCACACCAACACCCUCAGACCCCACACCAACAACCCUCACACCAACACCAACAACCCCACACCAACAACCCCCACACCAACAACCCUCACACCAACACCCUCAGACCCCACACCAACAACCCUCACACCAACAACCUCACACCAACACCCUCAGACCCCACACCAACAACCCUCACACCAACAACCCUCACACCAACACCCUCAGACCCCACACCAACAACCCUCACACUAACACCCUCAGACCAACAACCCUCAGACCAACAACCCUCACACCAACACCCUCAGACCCUACACCAACACCGCCACACCAACAACACCAACACCCUCAGACCCCGCACUAA